AUGGGAGGGUCCGACGCCGGAAUAGAGCAGGCCCUUCAAGAGGCACUAGACAUCACAGAGAACUUUCUAGUCGGUUCGGGCCUGAGCCUGUCAUCGGCCAAGUCUGAGUUAUUACUAUACAGACCCACCCGACAAGGGCAGAGGAACCUCACUCCUUUAGAACAGAUUCCCAUAGCUUUACACACACGGGCUGGGCAGAAAAUACCCAGGGUGGACUCCAUCAGUGUCCUCGGACUCCUGCUAGAGUCCAAGGGGGGCAACUCACGGACUCUAGCCCGCAUCACCUCCAAGACGGAGAACAUGCUUAGGCUCAUACUCAGGGUUUCGAACAGCAGGGGUUGGCGCAUCGAGAACCUGACCACGGGGGACGACGAGGUCUACGAGGACGGCGCCAGCAAGCCACGAGUGUCGGUGCCCAUCACUCUGUGCUUCGUCAUCAUGAUUGGCUACAUCUCCGGAGGCGCCGUCAUCUUCUCGCUUUGGGAGGGCUGGGAGUUCCUCGACGGCUCCUACUUCUGCUUCGUCACCCUCAGCACCAUCGGCUUCGGAGACCUGGUGCCCGGCGACACCGUCGUCUCCGACAGCGGCUCUCAGGAGAAGCUGGUCAUAUGCUCCCUCUACCUCCUGGUUGGCAUGGCGCUGAUAGCCAUGUGCUUCAACCUCAUGCAGGAGGAAGUUAUUUACAAAGUGAGAAACUGUGGCAAACGCAUCGGUAUUAUCAAGGACACCGACGACGACGAAGACUUCUCCUGAGGCGUGCCAUAUUGUCUGCCAAACGUGGCCGCUUUGAGCGCCAAUGUGCAGGAGACCAUUUAGAGCGAGUGCGCAAGCAAGUAUAUUGCGACAGUUCAGUCUGCGGCAUCAUCGCAAUGAAGCCUUGGCGAAAAGACUCCGCAAAAGAGUGAACCUGAAAUAGAUUUUUUUUAACAUGAAUAUUUGAGAACGCUCUACUAGCGCGCCUGAACGUGAAUAAGCAGCGACCAAUGGCACAGAGAGCUGUGGGCGCUGGGUACCGUACGCCUACUGACCAAGCGUGGCGUAUAUUUUCGUCCUUUUGGCACGUACUGCUAUUCGUGCCAUCGAAAGUUCGUCAUGUUGAAGGCACAGCUGAGGGGUUUCCUCCCGGAAAGCCCUGUGUACGGAAAAUAGCGCAGGCAAGAGCGAUAAGCAGCUACGGCGCUGCUUGUAUUUCGCGGACGUUGUCAUAGUCCUCGUCAAAUCAGUAGCCAUAUCGAAGCCGACUAAUACGUCCAGUUAUUCUUACAACUUGGUGUACCCAACCUGAGGCAAACAAUCACAGUUUUCCAAGGUCAUUAAGCAUUCAUGUUGUUUAUGGCAAAGAUGGUCGAUAGCAAAGCGCUCGGGGCACAGACUCAGAUUAAAGAGUACCAGCUUUCAUCAGCUAAGGGCCCAGCAUUAUUGACGUUUCGAAGCGGCUCUAUAAAUUGCGCCUGCAAGAUUACCGCGCAGUGUCAGACAAUGCAGAGGCCCAAACUAUCCGCUGCCACGUAUGCUCUUUGAAGGACACAUAUCGAAAUAUGCCCGUUAUUUGGCUGCUUUUCAGGCACGUGGGCCACGAAAGCUCCCACUUGUUCUCAAAGGUGUGCCUUGGUAGCAAAAUUGAUAAUUGUUCGUUUUCUCCAGCUCCGCAUUCGGAAUAUAAUAAUUAUAAAUUCUGUUUUUUCUCAUAUAAACAGCUGAGCGACUGUUCUAAAUUGUCCCUGCUGUUACGGCUGUGUGUCACAAUUUCAGCGCUACAUGAAAAUGGUACGCAAAUUAAGGAUCCUGCGCGUAGACUUAAUUUGCGCGCUGACAACUGUGGGCGAAGGUUAGCCUUCCACGCGGAGCUCAAGAUCACAACUCAGGAUUCAUACAGGUAAUCGCGGGAAGAAAAUAAA